ACAUGACUUCACUCAAGAAACUCGAAUGAACUUCAUGGAGUAAACUGAGUCUCCUGAGACGUUGUGGAUGUUCUUCAUCGUUUCGAGCAGGCGAGCAAGUAAUUACCUACUCAAACUUUUCGUUAUCCAUCAAUUCCACACUCAAUUUAGUUUGGUGUAUGUUUUUUUGUAUCAAAUGUUGCUGUAAAUUUACUCAAUUUGAUCGAUUCAUGACCUCUGUUUCAUGAAAUUUAUGUUCCCUAUUCGUGUUUCUGAAGUUACUGUGCUUGAUCCCUUUCCAAUUGUAGACUUGUAAACCACAUAAAUCCUAUAGGUAAGACUGUUCCAUCUUUUCAAUGAAACACGAAGACGUUGUUAAUUUUUGAUUUUGAGUUUCUCCCUUUCGUGUUUAAAGCAUUUUGUUGCUAUAAACAAAAAGAGAAUUGCCAGAAAACAACAUGCUUCCUUCAGCAACCAUUAACAUCCUUAAAGUUCAUGGUUGUUAUCGUCUUCAACCCCCAAUUUCUCAUCUUUCCCAGAAUAUCCAUGCCACCUCCCUUACAACACACGAUAAAUCCAAGCUCUGUCACGUCUCAUCACCCUCAAUCCUUUCUUCUAAUCCCCAAUUUCGUAUCUCUAGAACCAAUUCAAACCUCAGAAAUGUUAGGGUUUCAGAAAUCGGAGCUCCAUUAUGGACACAAAAAGACGACAAACAAGAUAACUCCGGUUCUCCUGAAGACUUGACCAUGAAUGGAGAAGCUUAUCAGAAGACUUUAAGGUUGGUAGAAUGUUCUAUGUUUGCUGCUCUUGGUGGAUUAGCCUACAUCUUAAGCAGCUCCCUUGCUAUCGAGAAUUACUUUGGUUGUUUCUUUGCCUUACCCAUAGUAUUCUCAUCAAUGCGAUGGGAUAUUGUUGCUGGAAGAAAGACUAUGGUGGCAACUGCUACACUAUUGCUUGUUUUAGCUGGACCAAUAAAAGCACUAACAUAUCUGUUAAUGCAUGGGUUUCUUGGUCUUGCUAUGGGGUCUUUAUGGAGGUCAAAAGCAAAUUGGGGUGUUUCUAUAUUCACAAGUGCAAUUGUGAGAGCUAUAGGUGCAAUGGGAUAUGUUGUGAUGUAUUCUUUUCUAAUCAGGGAAAACAUUCUUGCUUUGAUCACUAUAAACAUUCAUGCUUCAGCUACAUUUAUCCUCACUUCAUUAGGGUUCUUGACAAUUCCAUCAAUGAAUUUAAUAUACACCAUUUUUGGGACCUUGCUAUUACUGAAUUGCUGUUUCUUUGUGUUCUUGCUACAUCUUCUGUAUGCUCUGUUCUUUACAAGGCUUGGAAUGAAGGCUUCUUUGAGAUUGCCAAAAUGGUUUGCUAAAGCAAUAUGACAAGAUUACCCUUACCCACCUUUUAUCUGUAUUCCAUCAAAAACUAGUUCCUCAAUCAAUUUAGCUUUAUUUUUUUUAUUAAAUUAACACCCAACACUUUUACAUGUGUUAAAGAUUGAUGAUGAAAAUCUCAAAUUGAGAAAAGUUGAAGUCAUGUAUAUACAUUCGGUUUUAUAAAUGUAGGAACAUUACAGAGAGUUGAAAUUGUUCGUGGGAGCUUAGUUGUGUAAUUUGUAUCAUUAAUGUUGUAUUAUGUAUAGAACAACAAUAUAAAUUAGUACCAAAAUUGUUUAAAGAAAUAUAUCAUGA